CUCUUAAAUUGUUCAUGCUGCAGACAGGAGGUAAUAUCCUUAGAUAAUGAGAUUUCCUUCAAUGAGGCUAUCAUCGAGGAAAGAGAACAAGGUAUUCAAGAAGUCCAGCAGCAGAUUGGGGAAGUAAAUGAGAUCUUCAAAGAUCUUGCCGUGCUUGUUCAUGAGCAAGGAGCAAUGAUUGAUGAUAUUGGAUCCAACAUUGAGCAUUCCCAUGAAGCCACUGCCCAAGCAAAAUCAGAACUUGUGAAAGCUUCUAAGACACAACGAUCAAGUUCAUCUUUGGCUAUCAAAACUCUCCGACGGUGUUGCUGUUUUCAAAGUUUGUCAUUCAUUCUUAAAAACCGGCGGUAUUGCUGUUUACAAUAG